CCAUUUGAGUGGCGACGGGCAUUACGGGAAUUCAACACCGGCGACGGUGCUAAUAAAGGGCGGAUGCUGGUACAGUGAAGCGAGGGGUUUUAGGUUUUAUCUUUCUGGUCGUCCUCUUCGUUGUUGCUUCUUCACUCCGCAUUCGCGCUCUCUAUCUCUGAUCCUUCUCUCCUUGCGGCAUGGCUAGCAUCCGGUUCGGUGCUUCCUCUGCUACCCUGUCGUCCUUCGAAGGUCUGAGGCCGUCGGAGAUUAGGGUUGCGUCUCUCAGCCCUAGCAGUGUAGGUCUCGCAAAGCGCUCAUUCAGAGGGCUCGCUGUGAGGGCCGCGACCGUUGUUGCGCCUAAGUAUACCAGUGUCAAGCCAUUGGGUGAUCGUGUCCUUGUCAAAAUCAAGGCUGUGGAAGAGAAGACGGUUGGUGGUAUCCUUCUCCCCUCUACUGCCCAGACCAAGCCUCAAGGGGGCGAGGUUGUGGCUGUUGGCGAGGGCAGAACUGUUGGCAAGAACAAAAUUGAAGUUGGAAUUCAGGCUGGCGCGCAAGUUGUAUACUCCAAGUACGCUGGCACUGAGAUUGAGUUUAAUGGAACCAAUCACCUUUUGUUGAAGGAGGACGACAUUGUGGGCAUUCUUGAGACCGAUGAGAUAAAGGAUCUCAAACCUCUCAAUGACCGUGUCUUGAUCAAGGUCGCACAAGCAGAGGAGAAAACAGCUGGAGGCUUGCUGUUAACCGAGGCAACCAAGGAGAAGCCUUCAAUUGGCACGGUCGUGGCCGUCGGACCGGGACCUUUGGAUGAAGAAGGUAGCCGGAAGCCGUUGUCAGUCACUCCUGGGAACACCGUUCUCUAUUCUAAAUACGCAGGGAACGACUUCAAGGGCAGUGAUGGCACGGAGUACAUUACUCUAAGAGCGUCCGACGUCAUGGCCGUUCUAUCUUGAGCCUGCAACUUAAUAAGGCUUUUUCCCAAUUUCUUUGUGAUUUUCAUCGAGGGUAGAAGAAGUUGGGGGUCAAGGAAGGUACAACAUAAAGAUGUACGAGGGUUAUUGAGUGACAUCCUGUUUCUAUCAAUUGCUAAUGCGGCUUUUUCUACUUA